CAUAUAAGAACUAAUAUUGUUUUGUUUAUGGUAUUUGAUUUUUGUUUUUCUAAAUCCUGCCUCUUCGCCUAUUGCAAUAUGUGCAUCACUGCGAGUGGAAGGAUUUGAUUUUACUCCAAUAGAAAAUAAGCAAUUUAUCUAUGGGUUUUACCAACUGCAGUCAUUUACAAAAUGUUAGUAAAAUUAAAGGCUUAUUUUACUGUCAAGAGGCUGCUAUCGCGGAUUGCGAAUAAUGUGGGUCGAAGAGCUAUUCGACAAUGUUAUUUAGUCAAGGAUUAAUCACUGAUAUCAUAAACAGUAAUGUUAGCGAGAUAUCAUAAAUAUGCAAGUAUUUUUUAAUUAUAUUAUAUAGCAUUAUUAUUAUAUAUUAUUAUUUUAGUAUAAUAUUUAAUUGUAAAAUGCUCAUUUGUAGACCAAAUUUGGUAGAUAUAAUUUUUCCAGUUUUACCUUUUAUAAUAGAAAUAAAAUUGGUAAAUAUUAAUCAUAAAUAAAAUUAAAAAGUGUACUAAUGAAGAAAAAAUAAAAAUAUAAAAAAAUUUACUAGAUUUAUUCAGAAUAGUAUUGGUUUACUAGUUUGCUUGUGUGUGUGUGUGUGUGUGUGUGUGUGUGAGGAAAGUAGUUGGUGCUCCGAGUCCACCCGCCAGGGGGAGCGGAGGAAGAGCACGACGACGAGUCGACGAACGCAAAACCCUUCCCCAAACCCUAGAAAAAAAGUGUCGACUACGAUGCUCAACUCCAUUCGCCAUCGCCAUCGCCAUCGCCUCCUCAGACCCCCUUCUUCUCCACACGGCCUCGCCUUCCUCUUCCUCAAAUCCCUCUCCUCCACCACCUCCUCCGUCGCCCCCCACUCCCAAACCCUAACCUUCCUCAUCGACUCCUGCGGCUUGUCCCCCGAAUCCGCCAUUUCCGCGUCCCAGAAGCUGCGCUUCAAGAGCACCGAGAACCCUAGCGCCGUCCUCCGCCUCCUCCGCGACUACGGCUUCGGCGAGACCCACAUCUACACGAUCAUCUCCAGGCACCCGAACCUGCUCUCCUGCGAUUCGCACAGGAUCCUCAGGCCGAAGAUCGAAGCUCUCCGCAGCUUCGGCUUCUCCGGCGAGUCGCUGGCGCGCGUCCUCACCGUCCAACCGGCGCUGCUGACGCGGAGCCUGGAGAAGCACAUCAUCCCCUGCCUCACCUUCCUCCGCACCCUCCUCGCCUCCGACGGCGACUUCGUCUCCGUCUUCACCCGCUACCCCCGCGGCCUCAACGCCGACCUCAACAGGUCCAUCUUGCCCAUCCUCGCCGUCCUCCGCAAGCACAACCUGCCCGAGGACAGGAUCCCUAAGCUCGUCAAGAUCCAUCCGAGAAUCCUGAUUCUCACGCUCCGCCGCGCCAUCGAGAUCGUCGACGGGCUUAAGGCCGCCGGGGUCCUGCCGUCCGACCUCCUCUUCAUCUACGCGUUCCGCGCGGUCGCCGGACAGAAGAGCGCGAGCUGGGACCGGAAGAUGGCGCUCUUCAAGAGCUUCGGGCUGUCGGAGGCCGACGUCGUUUCGGCGUUCCGGAGGCACCCGUGGGUCAUGCUGACGUCCGAGGAGAAGCUACGGCGGGGCCUCGAGUUUUUUCUCCGUAGGCUGAAGUUUGCUCCGGACGACAUCCUUAAGCAUCCAAUUCUCCUGUGCUACAGCUUGGAGAAGAGGAUCCUUCCCAGGUGUGCGGUGAUCACUGUUCUGAAGAGGAAGGGGAAGUUGGAAGAGAGCUCGCCCCUCAUCCCGGCGCUGAUAGAGCCCGUGCCAUCAUUCUUGAAGAGAUUUGUGAUGCGGUAUCAGGAUGAUAUUCCUGAGGUUCUCAAGGCUUAUAACCGCGAAAUCAAAUUCAAUGGAUUUUAUAGGGGGCUUGGGCGGUCCAGUUCAGUUGGUUCCGAAAGUUUUCAAACCAAGAAGAAGAUUCUCACACAAAAGGAUAGAAAAGAUUUGGUUGGAGGAGAACAUCUUGCUAUUCUUCAGAUGCCGAGUUUGGUCGCGGGCCACCCGAGUUGGUCCUCUCGACAAACGCAAAACCCUCCUCCGAACCCUAGGAGAGAAAAAAAAAAAAUCUCUACUACGAUGCUCAACUCCAUUCGCCAUCGCCUCCUCCUCCUCCCCCCCACAAACCCUUCUCCCCCCAAAUCCCUCUCCCUAUGCUCCUCCUCCGUCGCCCCCUCCUCCCAAACCCUAACCUUCCUCAUCGACUCCUGCGGCUUGUCCCCCGAAUCCGCCCGGUCCGCGUCCCAGAAGCUCCUCUUCAAGAGCGCCGAGAACCCUAACGCCGUUCUCCGCCUCCUCCGCGACUACGGCUUCGGCGAGGCCCACAUCUCGAAGCUCAUCUCCAGCUACCCGGCCGUGCUCUCCAGCGACCCCCACAGCACCCUCCGGCCGAAGCUCGAAGCUCUCCGCAGCUUCGGCUUCUCCGGCGAGUCGCUGGCGCGCCUCCUCACCAACCAACCCGUGCUGCUGCGGCGGAGCCUGGAGAAGCACAUCAUCCCCUGCCUCACCUUCCUCCGCACCCUCCUCGCCGCCGAAGGCGACUUCGUCUCCGUCUUCGCCCGCAACCCCCACGGCCUCAACUCCGACCUCAGCAAGUCCAUCUUGCCCAUCCUCGGCGUCCUCCGCAAGCACAGCCUCCCCGAGGACAGGAUCUCCAAGCUCGUCAAGAUCCAUCCGAGAAUCCUGAUUCUCCGGCCCCUCCGCGUGAGCGAGAUCGUCGACCAGGUUAAGGCCGCCGGGGUCCCGACGUCCAGUCCGCUCUUCAUCUACGCCUUCGCCACCGUCGCCGGGCAGAAGAGGGCGCACUGGGACCGGAAGACGGCGGUCUUCAAGGGCUUCGGGCUGUCGGAGGCCGACGUCGUUUCGUCGUUCCGCAGGCACCCGUUGGUCAUGCAGACGUCCGAGCAGAAGAUACGGCGAGGCCUCGAGUUUCUUCUCCAUAGCCUGAAGCUUGCUCCGGACGACGUCGUUGGCAAUCCGAUUCUCCUGUGCUACAGCUUGGAGAAGAGGAUCCUUCCCAGGUGCGCCGUGAUGAGCCUUCUCAAGAGGGAGGGGAAGUUGGAGGAGAACUCGAGUGUCGUCCAGGCGCUGCUCGCGACCACGAGCUCGUUCUUGGAGAGAUUUGUGAUGAGGUACCAGGAUGAUGUUCCUGAGGUUCUCAAGGCUUAUAAUGGCGAGAUUAAAUCGAAUUCCAAGGAUGAUGAUUGGGAAGUCGAAUGAAGUAACGUUGCUCCAGUUCCAGUUUCAUUGCGGUGGCAAUCUAACCAACUCUUAGGAAAGGCAAUGGUAAGAAGGUAAGAGUUCAUUGAGCAACAUUUGCGUUUUGCAGUGGAUGAUGUUCCUGAUCUCCAAUUUAGAAGCUUAAUAAUACCUUUUCUUGUUGCUCAAAUAGUAUGCUGAACUGAACAAUUUUAAGUUGUUUUAUGAUCAGUUCUUGAUGCA